AUGAUUUUCAAAUCUCGUUUUCCCGAUAUUGAAAUUCCGAAAAUUGGAGUUUAUCAAUACAUUACGAGUAAUCCUAGUGGAAUUGAUGAUGAAAAACUCAUCUUUGUUGAUGCUAUAACGAACAAAAAAUUACCUUUCGGUGAAUUUAAAAGGGAUACAAAGAGAUUUGCGGCUGGUUUAAUUCAUAAAGUCGGAUUUAAACGUGGAGACGUUUUGGCCAUUUUCUCUCUUAAUCACCUUGAUUAUUCGACAGCAGUCUUUGGUGCAAUUGCAGCUGGAGGAAAAGUCACUCCAAUUAAUCCAUCAUAUAAGGUUAAUGAAUUCACUCAUCAGUUAAAAGAUUCUGACGCAUCCGUCGUUAUCGUUAAUCCUUUAUUGCUCUCAAUCGCGAUUGAAGGCGCAGCCGCAGCAAAUUUUCCCAAAACCAAAAUAUUUUUGUUCGGUGAAGAAGAAAUUAACGGAAUUCAACCUUUCUGGUCUUUCAUUUCUGAUCAAGAAAUUAUCCCUGUUGAAUUUACACCAGAAGAAGCGAAGUCAACUACUGCUUAUUUAUGUUAUAGUUCUGGUACUACGGGAAAGAAUAAAGGAGUUGAAACUACUCAUACCAAUAUUGUAUCAAAUUUAGCUCAAAUAUCCGCUUUCGAAAAAGGAUUUACUAAUCAAACCUCUCUCAUCGGAUUUCUUGUACUUAAAGUUUUGAAUAGUUUCAAUCCUGAUACAAAAUCAUUUAUCUCCACACGUAUGUUUUGUAUAAAGGGAGCUUCGUGUGUUAUUCUUCCUAAAUUCGAAUUAGAGCUAUUUUGUUGUGUAAUUCAAGAUUAUAAAGUAAAUUUAGCUACGCUUGUUCCACCUGUCGUUUUGCUCUUGGUUAAAAAUCCCAUUGCAAAGAAAUAUGAUUUAUCAAGUUUACAAUUGGCUAUAUCCGCUGCCGCUCCUUUAAGUAAAGAAUUAAGUAAUGAUUUUACUAAAAUUCAUAAAAUUCCAAUUAAACAAGCUUACGGCUUAACCGAAACGUCUCCAAUUACCCAUCUCGCAAUGACUGAUAACAUUGUCAAUGGCUCGAUUGGAAUUCUCAUUCCAAAUGUGGAAUGUAAAAUAGUUUCAGUGGAUGGUCAAGAGCUCGGAUAUAAUGAACCUGGCGAAUUUUACGUUCGUGGACCAAAUGGUUAUCUUAAUAAUAAAGUAUCUACGGACAUGUGUAUUGAUAAAGAUGGUUGGUUUCAUACUGGAGAUAUAGGAUUCGCUGACCCUCAAGGAAAUUUUUUCAUUAUCGAUCGAGGAUUUCAAGUAGCACCGGCCGAACUUGAAUCGGUUCUAAUCAUUCAUCCGUUAAUUGAUGAUGCUGCAGUAGUUGGUGUAUAUUCCAACGACGGUGUAACAGAAUAUCCGGCUGCAUUUGUAGUAUUAAAAACAAAUAUCAUUCAAUCCGAUCAGAUAAAAGAAGAGAUUAAAGAAUUUGUUUCUCAAAGAGUCGCAGAUCAUAAAAGAUUACGUGGUGGUGUUUACUUUAUUGAUCAAAUUCCUAAAAGUCCCUCCGGUAAAAUUUUGAGAAGGUUGUUAAGAGAUAGAGUUAAACAUAUGUAUAUUUCAAAAUUAUAA